UUCUGGCUACGAGCCUACUUACAUGACAUCGACAACGACAACAACAAGGUGUUAGCAUCCCAAAGCCGUCCAACGAAUAGACGCCGCUUGGGGCAAACGAGCCGAAGUCCCCGCCGUCUUCAUUGGCCCAUUGCAGGGAUGCGACUCGGGUCGACCAGGAUCCCAUCUGAGCCCGGCGCUUGCGCCUCUUCCCCAUCACAUCGUGCUACCUAAAAUAGCCAACCAGGACUGGAGCUGUCUGAGACGAGGGGGUGUCGUCCUGCGUGCGACGCAUUCCUUCCAUCAAUCGCGUCUAUAAUGUCUUCCCUAGUCACACUGCAUUGCAUAUAUGUCUGCGCCGCGGCGCUUCUCUUGACCUCUCAAUCUCAACUCCCGACGCCCGCCAUUGUGGUUUAACCCCUCACAACCUCACGACUCUUCCGUGUUGCACUGCUUCCCGUUCUAUAUAGCCGCUGCCCGUUUCCUUCUUCCCAACAUCCCCUCUCCAAGUACGGUUCCCCCCUCUUUUUCUUCUUCUUCUCGAACCGGCAGUCCCAUCCCGGCGAUUCCAGUUUCCUGGGAGGCCAAGGCAGUCGUCGCUUGAUCCCUGCACGAUCGAUCUGCUGGCUGUCGAGACUGGGCCGCUUCAUCGCCUCACAUCUGUCUUGCUUGAGGGAUACAUCACGUGGUCAUCAUGGCUACCCAGACUGGUACCGCCUCGAGGAGGCCCAAGUUGUCUUUGUCCAUCAAAACAUCGCCGGCGCCUCACACGAGCAUUAACAAGUCCCUGUCUGUCGUCGACCCCAAGGACCCGACCGCUUUCAACACCCUCUCCAAUGUCUAUGCCACCGCCAUUGAGCGGUCGACGUCCGAGCCGCUAACUGCCAUCAACACUUUGCAACAGCAACCUCCGCACUUGCAAAAAGGAUCGAAGGCUCCUCCUCAGCUACGCAUUCAAACACCCUGCGCCGUCUCAUACCCCGAGACACCCUUGACCGCCCAUCCCAUGUCUCCCGGUGUUGCCAUGGAGGUGGUCUUCCCGAGCACCAUGACGGCGACCCCGCCGCUGUCAGCCGGUCCCGUAGACUCGAACGGCCCUCAGAUGUUUGGGUUCUCUCCCAUCGACACCAAGACCCCGUUGACAGCGAUUGGGUUCAUCACGCCGCCAGAGCCGCGUUCUAUACGGAGGCGGACCAACCUUUCGCUAGCGGGAUCAAAGCUGCCAUACACACACCCUCGCUCACUCCACAGUAUCCUCCGCAACUCGCCUCUUCCUCCCCCGAGUGCCAAGACGCCCAUUUCACCACGGCGCCAGUCCCUGCGCUUGCAAGAAAAGGCAGCCCGCCGCGUGGCCUACAAUAGCCCGAUCGAGCAAACCAUCAUCACCGAGACGUAUACCAAAUCCCACAUCGACUUGCUCACCGAAGACGUGUCGCCAGCGUCGCCGGCGCCGACGCAAGAGCUAAACACGGUCCUGGACCUUGCCAUGGCUUUCACGAGCGACGAAACGCGCGACGGUGGCAUGACUCCGGGGCCGUUCGAGGAGAUGCGGCGACGGAUGGCCGGGUUGGCAGCCAACUCACCACCGGUCAGCCCGUCGGGCGGGAUCAGGAAGCGGAAGCGCAAGGAAAAGAAGCGCCGCUGGGUCUGGACCAUUGGGAACCAGGAGGAGGACGAAGAGAAUCUGGGCGGGGCGGUGGCGGCGUUGCGGGCGGCCGAAGCGGCGGCACAAAUGUCAGAGCCUGCUCGGAAGAGGCCCACAGCGCCGCCGGUGGUGGAAGUGCAGACCUGCGGCGACCUUCCGACGCCCAGCGUCGAGACGUUCGAAGAGGCUGGCGACGUCGAGAUGUCGGACAGUAGCAGCGUCUCGUGCAGCGAUCGGGGGCUAACACCGGGGGAUAUGGAGAUUGACCUGACGACGCCGACAGUGCCCAGGCGCCUCGUGUCCCAGAGCGACCGGCUGGGGUCGGCGGACCUCAUCAACCCUGAAACCGGGAGCAGGCGGGACACGCCCAUACCUCCCGAUAUGGUGGUUCACUGAU